AAUAAUCAUCUCCUCUUCUCUCCACGGCCUCCCUCACCACCACCACCUCCCUCUCCUCCUCCCCGCCUCCCCAACAGAUUUCCCCAACCUCGCCGCGCAGAGGCGGCCCGCGAUCGCUCGGGAGCUCCCCGGAUCCCGCCGCGAGGGCGCGGCCAUUCGCCGCGGGAAGGGAAGCCUCUCUCUCUCUCGCGCGCGGUCUGGGCUCUGCCGCGCGGCUGCUGCUGACGCCGUGAUCCGCGCGGGGUCCCCGGGGGAAUGUUCUACCUCAAGCUGCCGGGCGGCGCGGAGUUAGGGUCCCUGCGGGGGGCGGCGGGGCUCUGAUCUGCCCCGCGGCGGCGGUCGAGGCCCAGCCGGCCAGCGUCGGGGGAGUCCAUUCGUUCGGCCGGCCAUGGCGCACGCGGAGGCGGACCCGAGCUGCCUCGAGAGCUUCGAGCUGUACGAGACCGACUCGAAAUUUUAUAUUCUCGGAACUAACACUGACAAAACAUUAUGGAGAUUACUCAAGAUUGAUAGACUGGAGCCAUCAGAGCUCAACAUAGAUGAGGAUUCUACCAUGUACUCACACAGUGAAUAUCUUGAUCUACGAAAAACUCUAGAUGAAGACCAUAGGUCAACUGGUGGACUCAAUUUUGUUACAAAUUGUUGUGGAAUCAUUGGUUUCAUUAAGUUCCUUGGGCCUUAUUACAUGUUAAUUAUCACCGAGCAGAGAAAAAUUGGUGCUAUAUUUGGCCAUGCAGUUUACCAAGUUACCAAGACUGUGAUGAUCCAGUUAUCUAAUUCCAAAAUGAAGCAAACGCUUCUAAAUUCCAACGAUGAGAACAGGUACAAGAAGCUCUUGCAGACAAUAGAUCUUAGGAAAGACUUCUUUUUCAGCCACUCGUACCAUAUCAUGAGAAGUCUCCAGAAGAAUUUUAAUGAUCCACAGGCAGGAUGGGACCUAUAUGACACAAUGUUUGUAUGGAAUGAAUUUCUAACACGAGGGGUUCGUAACAUUCUGCAAAGUACCUGCUGGACUGUUGCGUUAGUCUAUGGUUUCUUUAAACAGGAUAAAAUGAAAAUAUCUGGGAAGGACAUUAUGUUGACUCUCAUUGCUAGACGAUCGAGGCAUUAUGCUGGAACCAGGUAUUUAAGGAGAGGUGUGAAUGAGGAGGGCAGAGUAGCAAAUGAUGUCGAGACUGAGCAACUUGUUUUUGAUGACACACUUGGACCUAGGCAAAUAAGCUCUGUUGUGCAGAACAGGGGUUCUAUUCCUCUAUUCUGGUCCCAAGAGACAUCAAAGCUUAUUAUUAAGCCUGAUAUCAUAUUGCAUGAGAAGGGCAAUAAUUAUGAAGCAACCAGGCUUCAUUUUGAAAAUCUUAGGAGGAGAUAUGGAGAUCCCAUCAUCAUCUUAAACUUGAUUAAGACACGCGAGAGGAAACCGCGGGAAUCCACACUUCGUCAAGAAUUUGACAAAGCAAUAAAGAUUAUAAAUAAUGGUCUACCAGUCGAAAAUCAUUUGAGGUUUUUACAUUGGGAUCUUAAUAAAAGCACUCGAAGCAAAAAUGCAAAUGCCCUCCAAGUACUUAUGAAAGUGGCAUUCGAAGCUCUGAACUUGACAGAAUUCUUUUAUUGUCAAGUUUCCUCAGCUCAAACACCUGGGAGCUCCCUUAAUUUACAUACUCCAUUGAAUGGUUGUGGUUUUCGUGGAUGUGAUGACAAAAAUGACGGUGGCAACACAGACUGUAUCGAUAAUAAUGGUGACAUAUCCCAAGAAGAUACAUGUGGUAGUUCUGAUACCUCCACUAGUGGAAUUGCAGAAGAUGUAGCCACUAACAAUGGAUCGACAACAGUAAAGCCCCCCAAAUUACAAAAGGGUGUAUUGCGCACGAACUGUAUAGAUUGUUUAGACCGCACAAAUGUUGCUCAGUAUGCCUAUGGUUUAGCUUCUCUUGGACACCAGUUGCAUGCACUUGGUUCUGUAGAAUCUCCAGAGCUUGAUUUAGACUCCCCCUUGGCCCACCAUUUGAUGCACUUUUAUGAGCGGAUGGGUGACACACUUGCUUUGCAGUAUGGUGGUUCGGCUGCACACAACAAGAUAUUCUCUGCAAAGAGAGGGCACCUUAAGUUUGCUAUUCAGUCUCAAGAGUUCUUCAGGACACUACAGCGAUACUACAGUAAUGCCUAUAUGGAUGCUUACAAACAGGCAGCAAUAAAUUUAUUCUUGGGUUACCACCGACCGCAGCAGGAAAUAUUUGCACCUUGGGAGUCAGAGUCUGUUUCUGGGGAGAAUGUCCUUGAUGACAAAACAAGUCAACUUAUAAAAAGGUCAAGAUCAGAUGGCAGCAUUCUUCGUAAAAGCAACACUUCUCUGUCCAGCAAUGGUCCAAAUGGAAUUUCGACACCAGGAUUUAGUGAUUUCGAAAAUGAGCUACAACCUCCUAACUGCCGGUCUGGUUCGGUGCAUGAUGCGGUGUCAAAAUUAAGGUAUACUCCAACAGUGCCUCAUAUUAAGUAUACCAGUUGCGAGCUUGACUAUGGCAACUUUUCUGGGGAUUCAAAUUUCCUUGAUCUUGACUGGCUUUCAGCUUCAGACAAUGGAAGUUUGAGCAGAUCAAGAGCCGUAAGUACUCCUAACGUGAAUGAUAAUGGUGAACGUGGUGUAACCCCUGGGAUAACGGAAGAUCACCUGGCAGAGAUACACGCUCAGGGGUUAUCUCACAAUUUCCUGCAAUGGGUUGAUGAGGGAGAGGCUUUUUGGUACUGAUAUCAUAUCAUGUAUAUUCAAGCUACAGGAUGGCUCCCAACACUUACAAGACUAUUGUUGCGAGGAGAAGCCAUUAGCAUAAUCACUGUGAUUUGUGAUCUCGCAUUGUCACAGCCAUCCAACUAGUCCUCUAGCGAAGUGUAAAAUCCUCUUUGUUUGCUGUUGACCAGCUAUUUCUUCUAGGGGUGAGUAGAUAGGCAUUGUUCAUAUUUUUCUUAAAGGAAAGAAAGAAUGUAGGUAGUGUGUAUUAUUCUUUGGAAAGUUGUACCAUCGCUCGUGUUUCUACUGUGUAAAUAUAUAUGAACUGCUGACAUUUCCCCCCCAAGUUGAGGUGGUCUCGAAAUCACCAUUUUCCCCUCAACCCGUUAGGCUGGGAUAUCUUGAUACAUGUACCUUGUAUUCAACAAAACAGAGGAGAUGCUAUGUAUUUUUUUAAGUCCCUCGGAAUCAGGGAUACUUUUCU